AUGAAUAAAACGGAUGCAAAGUUAUAUGAAAAUAAAGAUAUUGUUAUAAUAGUAUUUGACUUAUCGAAUAGGAAAACCUUUGAACAUGCUGAUUAUUGAUUUAGCAGGGCGAAAAAUUUUGCUGCAAAAGAGACAGUUUUUGCCUUAUUAGGGAAUAAAAAGGACUUGAUGAGAGAGAUUAGUGAAGAAGAAGCUAGAGAAAAAGCAGAAAAAUGGGCAGCGAUAUAUAUGGAAGUCAGUGCGUUAACUGGAGAAAAUAUAAAUGACGUUUUUCGAAAUACAUCAGAAGAAGCUGCCUGAAACAUCAGAAAAAAUUAUAGUAAAAUCACAGAGAAAUUUUAA